AUGUUUGGUAAAUCACCUUUCGGUUCAUCCAAUACAUCUGCAUUUGGUGCAGGUAGCUCGUUGUUUGGGUCAUCCACUAAUCGACCAACAACAGGAUUUGGGACGCAGACAACCACCCAGAGUACGGGCUUAUUCGGACAGAAAUCUAUUUUCGGUUCUCCUGGACAGUCGACAUCACUUUUCGGAAGUGCGCAACCGGCUUCCUCUGCUUCAACAUCAAUAUUUGGUCAAUCAAAACCACUUUUUGGUGCAUCGUCAACAACGCAAUCGACGAGUUUCGCUGGUACCACAUCACUGUUUGGUUCGGCUCAGUCGACACAACAGACUGGCGGUGUUUUCGGAUCAAGUUUCGGAACAUCAAAUAUAUCGGGCACAACUCUUAAAUUUGAACCUCCCACAUCCACAGAUACUAUGCUUCGUAAUGGUACAAAUCAAACGAUCAGUACGAAACACAUGUGCAUCACUGCCAUGAAACAGUAUGAAACUAAAAGUUUGGAGGAGCUGAGAUGUGAAGAUUACUUAGCGAAUAGAAAAGGCCCUCAGAGUGGUGGUUUGGUAUUCGGUCAAACUUCACAACCAUCUUCCUCGUUGUUUGGUUCUAGCACUACUACAGCACAAUCUUCAGUUUUUGGACAAAGUAAACCACUGUUUGGAAGCUCCUCGACUGGUUUUGGUGCUACAACCACGACCUCAUCUUUGCUGUUUGGAACUCCAACAACUGCCACAUCGAUUUUCGGCAAUAAACCAGCAACUGGAGGACUGUUUGGUUCUUCCUCCACAACAUCACCAUUUGGACAGACUCAGACCAGUACAGGAUUAUUUGGCACUAAAUCAACGACGGGUUUUGGUACUCAGAGUUCGUCACUUUUUAGUGGACCAGCUUUUAGCACUGCUACAUCCUCGUCAAACCCAUUUACAUUUGGUAACAGCACGCAACCUUCAGUAUCGACUACUUCGACAAAUCUUUUUGGUGCUAAACCGUCUACUUCUAGUUUUGGUGCUUUCGGUGCAUCUACGUCCACAGCUUCACCCUUUGGGAAUCAAUCAGCGGGUGGACUUUUUGGGUCUAAGCCAACGGCUGGUGGAUUAUUUGGUUCAAAUACAGCACCGUCACUAUUCAGCUCAUCUGCAGCGAAACCAACUAAUUCCUUAUUUGGUUCUGCAUCGACGCAACCUGUUUUCGGUUCUGCGUAUCAAGUAGCAGGUAGCAGUGUAUCGUCAGCGGUACCCAUCGUUUUGGGUGCCGAUUUUAAUCAGUGGCAAAUUGAGAAAGCAGUAAUUGAAGCACAGUUGGCAUCAAGUCCUUACGGUGAUAAUCCGUUGUUAAAACUUUUAACGACUGAAUCACAAGAGAAAUCAAAUAUUCCUAAUCCAGUCAGCAUCGAACGACAAAUUCGAUUUUUGGCUUCAAAGAAAGAAGCAGGUGCAGUGACGACAACAACACCGAGUGGACCACUUGCACUGGGUUCAAUACCUGCUGCUGCAUCACGUAUCAAACCUUCAGCCAAAUCCCGAGAUAGUAUUGGCGAUUUUACAUAUCACUCCAUGUUUUUGCCACCUGGUCUCAGAGGAACUAAUAGGAUGAACACAUCGUUGAAUCAUGAUAACACAAUUAAUAGGUCGUGUGGUACCAAUGGUUCAUCUUCAUCAGUAGAUCCUUCGAGUUUUCUAGGAAUAAAUACUAGUCAGUCAUUGAAGUCAAAGUAUAACUCGAAUGUGAAACGACUUGAUCUCAGUGUUCUUCAUAAAUAUGUGCAGGAGAAUCGACGAAAUUCUACCAAUUCAGCAACUUUUUCACCACCAGCGGCGCAAAUUAGUGGAGAUAAUGAAGCGACCGAUAAUGCACGAGUUGGAGCAGUUUCAAAGAUAGAUACUCGGUCAGUUACUACCGAGUUGACAACAACGGGACAGAAAAUAGGCGUUUCAUUCAUGUUGCCACCUUCGGAAAGUUUAUCAAUAAACAAAACAACAGUUGAAGAAGGACGACCAACUGUCAAUUCUCACUCUUCCUUACAGCGGCCUGCUGAAUUUCCUCCGCCAUUGACUUAUUCCGAGGAUGAGAGCAUUAGUAAUUCACUGAAUAUGACUAACAAGAGUACUGCCAAUGCCUCUUCUGAAAAUGUUUCGGUACGUAGUAUUCAUCCAGCAGGCAUAGUUUUAACAAGGCAAGAUUAUGAAUGCGAACCAUCUCUAGAGGAACUGGCAGAAAUGGCACUGAAGAAUAACGGUAUCUGUCAUAUUGAAAGUGGCUUCACAGUACGUCGACUGGCUUUCGGAAGUGUUUUCUGGCCCGGACCAUUUGACUUGCAGAAUGUUAAUUUGGAUAAGGUAGUACAUUUCCGUCAACACGAAGUGAUUGUUUAUCCUGAUGAUAAUUGUAAACCACCAGUUGGAAUGGAAUUAAAUCGGUUUGCAGAAGUUAGUUUGGACCGAGUUUGGCCUCGCGAUAAGAAAACAAAGGAGUAUAUCGUGGAUCCUCUUCGGCUAGAAGAAUUGGGCUAUCGAGCAAAACUAGAACGUGCUUCAUCAAAAAUGGGAGCAAAAUUCAAAGAUUAUCGUCCUGAAACAGGCACUUGGGUUUUCACAGUGCCACACUUUACCAAAUACGGAUUAACGGACGAUGAUGACGAUGAUAUGCUUGAUGAGGCGCAGUUAAAAAUGGCCUUCAAAGCUAGUAGAAUCCAGAAUGCUGUGCAACGCGCCAAAUUACCGAAACUGAAGGUUGCUCAUGAACAUGACAUCUUCUCAGUGGUGUCAAGUGAUUCUACAACUGAUCGUUCCCAAGACUGUCACGAAGGCUUAAAACAAACUAAUUCAAUGCUUUUUGUACGCGGAUUGGGUGGAAUCAAUGGUUAUAGAAAAUCAUUUCCCGAGCAGAACGUCCAUACACAUGUUGAGCAUCACUCUACUCAGCCAAACAUAAUGUCAGAAGCGGAACAUAAAAUGGAACUUUUUGACAAUAAGACAGUUCUAGAUGAUUUGGUGAGUGAUUCUACUCUAAUUGAUGCAGAAGGACACGAUGAUGACAUGUACCAGACGCAGAUGUUUCUUACUGAUCCGGUUAAUGAGAUAAAAAAUUAUUUUAAAGAAGGCGAACAAGUAGUAAUGAGAAUAGCUAAAAGAACCGGUACCUUUAUAGACGGCUCAUUAAUGAAUGGUAGAUGUGGACGUGUAAGUUGGAAUCAUGGACGAGUAUAUUGGAUGAGCGAUCUUCCAAAUUCGGUAUCAGUCCGAUGUCUUAAGUUUCAGUGUAUUGAUCAAGUGCCUACCGAAUAUAUUAUCGAUCUGUUCCAAAAAAUCAGCUUGAUGAGUAAAGUAGUAAAUAAUGAGGAAACCGAGAAUUUGGUUUUCCAGAAUGUUUCACAAAGAAAACCAGAUGGAGAGUUUCCCGAUUUAAUAAGUUCUUCCUUGACGACAUCGAAACUUAACGGCAUGGCACAUGAUUCGAAUGUUUUUGAAUUAUGUGAUGCUCUUUUUGGCUCUCAAAUUACAGCUAGCACCAGUUACACCAAAAUGUUAAAUCGCCGUGAAGAGGUUGCAAAAUGGCUACAGAAGUAUCUGGCAACUGUUGAACAGCAUGGGAAGCCAUCACCAUCCGGUUUUGCUAAAAUUCUUCACUUAAUCUUGAUAGGUGAAUUGGAAGCUGCAGUAGAGGAAGCUAUCGAUAGCAAUUAUCCUCAUCUUGCGUGCGGACUUUCAGUAUUUAAGUAUAGUGACAGGACGGCUUACAAAAACCAGGUUCAUAUUUGUUUUAGUUGUAAUAGAUCUAUUUUUUUCUUAAACUGUUCCAAUUGCAUACUAUUUUUUAAUAUCAUCGAGAUUAAAUUCGGCAAGAAGCAUAUGUUUACUGAAAAUGAAACGAUAUAUUUAAUAAAGUACAUUUAA